AGAAUACGAAAUGUCAGUGGCGAGUGGUGUGUAGAGGCGAAUUUACCCUGAAAAGGACGUUUUUAGUUAUAAUGGCGGAUGAAUUGCGUAUGAAUUUGGCAGCUGUGAAAAGGGCUGAUCCGUACGCGAAGAACAUUAUUGAGACAUCGGCUCACGUAGCAUUUUACACGUUCAAUUACGAGGAAAACGAGUGGGAAAAGACAGACGUGGAAGGUGCUUUCUUCGUGUAUAGACGGAAUGCGGAACCAUUUCACAGUAUUUUUAUCAACAAUAGAUUGAACACCAAUUCCCUUGUGGAGCCGAUCACUGCUGACUUGGAAAUCCAAACACAGCCCCCAUUUCUCCUAUAUCGCAACGAACGGUCGCGCAUUCGGGGCUUUUGGUUCUACAACAAGGACGAGUUGAAGCGCGUGGCGGAUCUAAUAAGUGGAUACGUGAAGGAGUGCCAGAAGAAGCAGAAAGCCAUGGAGGCGUCUGCCGGUGACAAAUCCAAGCCGGUUAACAUCUUUUCUAUGUUGAGCAAGGCGCAGGACGAUUUCAACAAGGUAAACCAACACAAGGGCGCCGGCGGCCAAGAGGCCACGCCACAGAGUGUGAUGAACUUCUUCGCGGCCGCCGCGAAGCCUACCGCCGCCAAGGAGCCGCCGCUCCUGCAGCGCCUUAUGUCCAAUCCCGCGCACUCAGUGGAGCACAUUGAGAAGCAGCAGCGCGCUGUAACGCCCCAUGAGGCGAAUGCGCGGCCAGCAUCGCCUCAGCGCUCAGAGAACGGCCUUACGAGCGCCCUACGCCAGAGCGGCUCCCCGCCGCCACCCACAGAAGGCGAGACGGAGUUGUAUCAGUUGCUGAAGCGCGUGGACAUCGGCAAACCUGCCCUCAUGCCGCCUACAAUGUUCCGGAAGGCCGGCGCGGCGUCACCGCCCGGCGAGGCGCCACAGGACGUGAAGCCGGAGCCGCUGACGCAAAACCAACUGUCGCAGGCGAUGAUGUAUCUGCUGAAGAACGACCCGGAGUUUGUGAAGAAGCUCCACGAAGCGUACCUCAAGUCCUUCGCCGAGAUGGUCUCGCUAUAAUAUUCAGCCCGCAGGAGCCACAAGAGGAAGCCGCGGCGGCCACCGUGUGGCUGCGCCGAGGCCUCUAGUCGCUCCGUGCCACCCAAGGACCAAUAAGGGCCCUUGGACAAUUCCUCCACAUCCACAGUACUGUUUGCGCCCCUCUCCCGCCGGCUGCGCCAGCUGCCGCGCUUCUAAAGCGCUCCCGUGUUCGAACAAAGGACGAAGGAUUCCUGAAGCCCGCAGAGACUUCAAUUGGUGAGGAAAAGGUGGCAAAUGAUACUUAAUUCUAGUUUCUAUGAAUACUUAUAUUUGUAAGGACAGGUUAAGCAGAGAGAGAAUUUAAAUGGAAUUAACAUGUGUUGCACGCUUGUAACUGUUAGAGAAGGAAAAGAGAGAGAGAUUAAGGAAUUUCCGAUUACAAUUUAAAUGGAGAAUUAUUGCAAGUAAAUAAUAGAGAUUUUAGUGUAAUUUUCUUGACACUGCAUUGAUUUUAGUAGUGAAUAUUGCAAGAAAAACAACUUUUGAAACAUAAUGUAAAUCAUGAGUAAAUAAAUUAUAAGUCAUUGAAUUCUGCGCACAAAAUUGUUUUAAUUCAAGCCUCUUGUUUACUUUAUCUGGAUUCAGUGAAAAAUUGUACAGUGGAAGGCAUGAAAAUAGGUGUACAAAGAAGACAAAAAUAGUCACAACUAUUUAACUUACAUUCUGCCAGUCUUUCUCCUCUUUCACAUUCGUA